CUCUGACGGCAAUUGUGGGCAACUCUAUAGAAAUAGCUUGAUAAAAUAAAUCUAAAUAAUUCUUAAUUCAAUAGAUACUUGGAUGUUGUAGCUGAGAUACCCGCAUUGAACUGAAUAAAAAGUAAAAUGCCUAAAUCAAAGCCAGCAGCGGAGGAUUUGCAAUCGUUUAUAAAUAACUUGCACAAAGAGGUCGAAGAUGGCACUGUGAUUACUAUAACCCCUGAAAAUGUGGGCGAGGACAAGGUUGUGCGUAAGAUACUGCUGGCUAGUAGAUCUGGCGCGGAUGUGGGGGAAGAAGAAGAGGUGGACGCUAGCACAGACGCUAUUGAUGAAGUCGAAGAUGAUAUCUACUAUGUGGACGACGAGGGUAAUUGCUACAUUAAAACUACACCACAAACGCAGGAACUUAAGAAAAAGGCCAUCAAGAAAUCUGUCGUGACAAGCACUCCAAUCGCCCUCCGACAGACCCCUCGUCGUUCAGCCGUCAAUGCACUCAAAGCUGUCAGCGUGCGUCCCGUGAAGCCUUCGACGUCCGUAAGGUCCACGCGUGGGAUGAAAUCACAAGUCAAGCUAGAGGAGCUGGAGGAGCAGGAGGAGGAGGAACAGGAAAACGAGGAAGAAGUUGACGACCCAAGCGUAAUUUUUGAAGAUUUGGCGGACAACGGUGAGGUUUAUGAAUUCGAGGAUGUUACAGCAGAAACGGAAGUCAACAUGAAUGAUACAAACUUUGGCAUCACGACCAAACAAUACAAGCUAAAGCCCGUGGCCGUGGAAACUGGAGUGAAACACAAGUUCGCGUGCUCGCAGUGCAAUUAUACCGCCAAUAAAAAAUGUCUAAUUACUCGCCACAUGAAAACCCACGAGGAUGAUCGCCCUUUCAAGUGUUCCCUAUGCGAUCGCGGCUUCAAAUCUAAUGUUGGGCUAUUAAAUCACAUAAACACACAUUUGGGAAAAAGACCUCACCAGUGCAAGCAAUGCGACAGCGCUUUCACCACUAGUGGCGAACUCAUCCGUCACACCCGGUACAAGCAUACGAAAGAGAAGCCCCACAAAUGCAGCGAAUGCAGCUAUGCCAGCGUAGAGAUGACUAAACUGCGUCGCCACAUGACUUGCCACACCGGUGAACGUCCAUACCAGUGCCCUCACUGUACAUACGCUUCCCAGGACAUGUUCAAAUUGAAGCGUCACAUGGUUACGCACACCGGUGAGAAAAAGUAUCAGUGCGACAUAUGCCAGUCUCGAUUCACACAAUCAAACUCGCUGAAAUCGCACAAACUCAUACACAGCGUGGUGAACAAACCCGUUUUCCAAUGCACACUAUGUCCAACGACUUGUGGCCGCAAAGCCGAUCUCCGCCAGCAUAUGAACAACAUGCACAGCUCGGAUAAACCUAUACCUUGCAAACGCUGCGGCCAAGAGUUGCCUGAUCGCUAUCAAUACAAGCUGCACAUCAAGACGCACGAUGGCGAGAAAUGCUAUCGGUGUACGCUCUGCAGCUACGCCUCCGUCUCUCAGCGUCAUCUGGAAUCGCACAUGUUUAUACACACGGAUGAAAAGCCGUUUAAGUGUGAGGAAUGUAAUGUAAGUUUUCGACAGCAUCAGUUACUGAAGCGGCAUAUGAAUCUGGCACACAACAAGGACUACAAACCCCCAGAGCCACGCCAAAAGAUGCACUCUUGUCCUACCUGCCAACGUUCUUUCACACACAAGGGAAACCUGAUGCGGCAUAUGGAAACUCAUGAUCCUUCCUCCCUUUCGAACGAAGACAAAUUGAAAAUAAAGCUUGGCCGAAGCAUGCGCCUUCAACCAGACGGAUCUGUAGUGACGGUUCUCAAUGAGGCCCACUUUAAAGCCCUGACCAAAGCCGAAGAAGAGGCCGAGGAUGAUGCUGAGGGCGUCCAAUACGAGCUAAUACAAUUCACUGAUGAUAUGAAUGGGGAACUAGUGAGCACAUUAGAGCUUGGAGAUAAACCCGCAUUGCCAGCCAAAAAGCAAAACUCACCGACCAAGCCCGUUAUUAUUAACCGCCAACUGCGAUCGCAAAGUAUUCGAAACUAUAACACAAAAGCAAAACCUUUAAAACAGAGUAGCAUAAAAACGUUCCGCAUUAAGGAGGACUCCGAAGCGCCCGAGUAUACCGUGGAAGUACAGGGCGAGGAAGAAUACAUGGUGGUCGAGGUUGUUAACAGCGAUGAUGAAGUUUCCAUUAAGCAGGAACCAACAAAUUCAACGGAUAUGAAAAUCAACGAAAAGAAUUGUUUUGGCUUCGAGAACGAUGAUGAUGAAGCUGAUGGCGCAUCGCAGGAAUUCCUGGACCUGAUGGAUACUAUAGAACAGGAUACAUAGUCUUUUGCAAAACUCACCUAACUUUAUAAAUAGGCACAAUGUACAUAAUUCUUUAGCAUUAAUAAUAAUUUAUGAGUUUUCAAUCAAUACCAACGAAUUUUAUCAUCAA